AUGGGAGAAGUUCUCUGUGGAAAAGCUUUCAACCCUUGGUGCAAACAUUGCUGCGAAGAGACUGAAGACUCAACACAGCAAGACACAGUGCAACCUAAGGAAGUGGAGUCUUCUUGGAAGUUAGCAGAGCCAAGGAGAAUAUCACAGUCUGAGAAUUCUUCAGAGCCGCCAUGGUUCCAUACACUCCAGAUUAAAAAGAGGAGAAGCAUAAAGCUACGCCGUUUCAGUGCCCCGUCCCAGGAGCAAGAUUUUGCUGAGAGAUUCCAGUGGCAAAGAAGGCCUCUCGCAUUUGGAAAUGCCACAUCCUACUUGAAUCUUGAGAAGCUGAAUGAAGGUUCUCACUGUACUGUAUACAAGGGGAUCAGCAGGAUAUAUGGACAGCUGGUAGCUUUAAAGGUCAUCCGACUGAAGACUGAGGAAGGAGUGCCUUUUACAACCAUAAGAGAAGCUUCCCUCCUCAAGGGUCUAAAACAUGCCAAUAUUGUGCUGCUACAUGACAUCAUCCAGAUGAAGGAGACCCUGACGUUGGUUUUGGAGUACAUGGACACAGACUUGGCACAGUACAUGUCCCGGCAUCCGGGGGGGCUUCAUCUUCAUAAUGCCAUGCUCUUUAUGUUUCAACUUCUGAGAGCCCUGGCUUAUAUCCAUCGGCACCAGAUCCUUCACCGGGACCUGAAACCUCCAAACUUGCUCCUCAGUUGCCUUGGAGAGCUCAAGUUAGCCGACUUUGGUCUUGCUCGCGCCAAGUCCAUUCCUGGUCGGACCUACUCUGCCGAGGUGGUGACGCUGGGCUAUCGGCCUCCUGACGUGCUGAUGGGAGCCACCGACUAUUCUUCCGAGGUGGAUAUCUGGGGAGCCGGCUGCAUAUUUGUUGAGAUGCUUCAGGGCCAGCCUCUGUUUCCAGGGGUUCGCAAUGUCUCUGAACAGCUGGAGAAAAUCUGGGAGGUACUGGGAGUCCCAACGGAGGAAACUUGGCCUGGGGUUUCACAGCUUCACCACUACAGCCCAGAGAGGUUCUUCGCCAAUAAAUCUCGACGGCUCCGAAUGAUCUGUGAAAGGCUGCAAAGGGAACCUGAAAUUGAAGAUCUGAUAGCAGAAAUGUUAAAAGUUUGUCCACGGGAGAGGAUCUCUGCACAGGAGGCACUUAUUCAUCACGUCUUCCGUUCUUUGCCCUCUCAAUUAUACCAGCUUUCUGACACACAAUCUGUGUUUGCGGUUCCUGGCGUGAAGCUGAAACCAGAAACAUGUGACCUGUUUGCUCCAUACCAGAAGGAUCAUCACGCGAUCAGCUCUAGCAAGUUUUGGUGAAAAGGACAAAUGAAUUGCUUCUUUUUUUGGACAGAGAAUGAAAUGAACCAUUCUUAUUAUCCAUGAGUGAAACAAUAGUUGUAACCUGCAGCUUUCUAGGGUGUCUGGACUCAAACUGAACACUUCCACUGCCAAUUUCUUUAAUCAGUUUCUAAAAGUUGAUCUGGCCCCCUGCAAUGAAUGACGACAAGUUUUGGCACUGCUGAUCCAAACAGAUUUUUUUUUUGGGGGGGGGGGGCACCUUGGUGAGUUUGUUGCAUGCCAUCUUAAAAUCUGGAGAGGGUUAAUAGCCAACAGUGAUACCUGGCAAAAGGCAGAAACCCUCCCUGUUCUUCUGUAGGGUUCAAAAAACAGAUAGGAAAAGUAAAUAAGCAACUAUGGAAUUUUCUUGCUGGGAAAAGGCCUGGAUAGAAUUUUAAUCAUACAGAAAGCAAGAGUAUUAUUUGCGGCAUAAAUCACUGCACAGAAAUAGCUAUAGCACGGAACAGGAAUGGGCUGCAAAUUCCUUUGAGUCAACCAUUUUUUUAAAAAAAUUGUCAUGGAUAAAAUUGAACUUGAUGAUUUAACUCAGCCCUUUAAUUUGUUCAUACAAGCUUGGUUUCAUUGGUAAUUGUUGAAUCUAGGGUAUUUACAUCAAAUUACCUGCCACAGAUUUAAAUCAGAGCUAGCAUAAUCAAACGAAGGGACACAGUUUUCCUCCUUAGAUGCACCUCUCUGUGGUAAAAGAGGAAAUGCUUCAAGUGUCUUGGGGAGACUGUGAUCUUUUCAGAGAGCUGCGGCACAAAGAUUGACUGGACAACCAAGAUGUUGACCGUGCUGUCCAAAUUUGGACUGGAGAAAUCCAGACGUUUGUAAUUUCGUUGAGAGAUCCCUGGAUCAGUGAAUGAGUGGACAACAGAGCAGGGGGUGGGGGUGGGGGGAGAUUGUAAUUUAAAGAAUUUAGCUACUGAUCCAAGAUUUAGAAAACGACCUGCCAUUCCUGCAGUUUGUUACCAGUCUUUCCAGACAAAAGGGCUCCUCGGGGAAGGAAAGGAUUAAUCUAAAAAUGAGCAGAGCCUUGGGGGAAGAUGCCUCCUUGGAUAAAGUCAACAAAAGGAAUGGUUUAAUAUUUGUUAUCGCUUCCUAGAGGGACCCUCUGCUGUUGCUAAUGGGAUUAUGAUUAUACAGGUUCCACACCAACGGAGCAUUAGAAACUGUGCAUUGUGGGCCAACGACUUAGCUACAUUCAACCGACUGCUUUUUCUCUGUCCUAAAUGUGUCUACUUUUGCAAAGGAAAAGGUAGCAGGGGAGCUUGUACGAAUCCAGAUGAGGGUUUUGGCAGUAUCGAUGCAGGUCGGAGAUACCACUGAUGAGUUAGGAGUGUGUUUUAAUCUCCUUGAUCUCUGCAUUCUUGACAGAAUGUCAAUAGGAAACGUGCUCUUGUGAUUUCUGGUGAGUGUGUCAGGGUAAUGUUGUGCUGGCAAGAGCAUCUUUUCAGUUCUUUUAUUGAUAGCACGCUCUGUGAGCAUUUCUUACGGAGUUUGUCCGGGCAGAGAAAGAAAUGCUUGUUCUCGCUCAAAUUAUUUUCAUUCUUUCGUCCAUGGGGGAAACUUGCUCAUCUCCAAAUAAUCAGAAUGAUAACUCCAUGGUGAAGAGGAAAAAUUUAGAGGGGGGGGGGGUAGCAAACGUCACAAACAAUUCUUAUUAAACCCCUGUAAAUUAACGU